AUACUGAUGUACGCAUAGGCCUAACGCUAAUAUAAAAGUACAAGCUCAACAACUUAAAAGCAGGAUGUAGUUUUAAAGCUAAAAUAGUUAUGUUGACGUUGUUCUGGGGUACAUUAUGGAGUUAUAUUUUAGAUUAUUUAUAUUUCGUAAAUUGUUAUAUGCUCUGAUAAUUCAUAUACUGUGUUAACUAAAACGAAGAUAAAGAAAAUAAAAAAUAGGAAAACUGGACGUAUCGUAUUAUUACCACUACCAGGAUGGAUGUCAUACAAGAUGUAGAGAGAAAGAGAAGGCUGCAAGAACUGGAGGAACGGUUGGUGGACCAUAUGUCAGAAAUAAACAUUGACGGUUUACUGGACACAGUGCAAGCUCUGAUCUUAGACUGUGAUCAUCUUGCUCUAAGAAGAAUGAAAAAUUUUGAAAGUUUCUUAAAUAGAUAUGAAUUACCUGGAAGGAAUGUAGUUAGUUGUCGAAUGAAGCCAAGUGACUUCAUCGUGAUUAAAACUAUUGGAAGAGGAGCUUUUGGUGAAGUUCAGCUGGUCCGACAGAAGUCUACAAGACAAGUUUAUGCAAUGAAACUCCUUAGUAAGUUUGAAAUGAUUAAAAGAUCUGACUCUGCAUUUUUCUGGGAAGAACGUUUUAUUAUGGCACAUGCCAACACAGACUGGAUAGUGAAGCUACACUUUGCAUUCCAAGAUAGUAAAUAUCUUUACAUGGUGAUGGACUAUAUGCCUGGUGGUGAUUUAGUCAAUCUAAUGAGCAACUAUGAUGUACCAGAAAAAUGGGCCAAGUUUUAUUGUGCUGAAGUGGUUCUAGCUGUGGAUGCCAUUCAUUCCAUGGGCUUUGUUCACAGAGAUGUGAAGCCUGACAACAUGUUGCUGGACAAACAUGGACAUCUCAAGUUGGCAGAUUUUGGAACCUGCAUGAGAAUGGAUCAGGAUGGUCUUGUGAGAUCUGACACAGCUGUAGGGACCCCUGACUAUAUAUCUCCUGAAGUCCUCAAAUCCCAGGGAGGAGAAGGGUUGUAUGGGAGGGAGUGUGAUUGGUGGUCUGUGGGUGUCUUUUUAUAUGAAAUGUUGGUUGGUGAUACUCCUUUCUAUGCUGAUUCUCUAGUCGGUACUUACGGAAAAAUUAUGGAUCACAAAAACUCUCUCCACUUUCCUGAAGACAUUGAAAUCUCCACAGAUGCUAAAAUGCUUAUAUGUGCCUUUCUCACUGACAGAUCACAAAGAUUAGGAAGAAAUGGUAUUGAUGAAAUUAAAAGACGACGUUUUUUUCACAAUGACCAGUGGACAUUUGAAAACAUCAGAGAAUGUGUACCACCAGUUGUACCUGAACUGGCAAGUGAUGAUGACACCAGUAACUUUGAUGAAAUAGAAAAAGAUGAUAGUUCAGAAGAAAGUUUUCCACCACCAAAAACUUUUGCAGGCAACAAUCUCCCAUUUAUAGGUUUUACAUACUCAGGGGAUUACCAAUUGUUAUCAGGAAAACGAAAACACCAUGAAGCCAUCGAUGAAUCUUUAUCCCAAGAUGUAAGAAACAAACUGGAGAGCCUAGAGAAUGAGUUAUACAACUUAAGAAAUCAAAAUGAAGAACUUGAACAAAAGUAUAGAAUGUCAUUAACCCAGAUGGAGAAAUUUGCUCACCAAGAGAAUACGAUCUAUAGUAUACGUAAUGAAAACCGAGAAUUAGAAAAGGAUAAUGCAUUACUCAGACAUGACCUCAGAGAGGUGCAGAGAAAGCUAGAAAAUGAAAUUGAAAGUAAAAGAAAAGGAGAAGUUAAACUGCAGGAGUUACGAACCAAAUUAGAACAAGAGCAAGGUUUACGGGUUCAUCUUUCUUCCUCUUCGCAGCAGGCUUCAGAUAAAGUUGCUGCUUUUGAAAAACAAAUCCGUGAACUUAAUGAGAAAUUGAAAAUGGAAGCUGAAAAUAACAAUAAACUAAAGAAAACUAACAAUGAACUUUCUCUGAGCAAUGCAUCUAAGGAUCAAACUGUUCAGGAACUUAAUGAGAAGUUGGCAGCUGCUCAGAAUACGAAGAUUUCCCAGGAGAGGGAAAUCGUUGAACUGGAGACUAAGAUAGAGAAGGAGAGGAGCUCACGUUCACAAGCUUCUGAUAGAUCUCAGGAGCUAGAAAACCAAAGACAAGUUUUGCAGCAAGAAAUAGAACGAUUACGGGAACGUGAGGCUACUUAUACUUUGGAAAACCAAAAACUUAAUGACAAACAUAUUGAAAUGGAAAAACAACGUGCCAUGCUUGAGCUUGAAGUGAAAAAUCUUCAAAAUAAAUAUGAGCAGGAAGCAGCCACCCACCAGGAAGACAUUGCCAACUUCACAGCAGACAAGAAACGACUCCUGUCCUCAACAGAAGAAGCCAAUAUGGAAGCCAUACAGUCUUUGAAAACCAAGCUGAGUGAAGAGAAGAACCUUCGACAAAAAGCAGAGUCCAUCAGUCAGGAGAAGGAGCGGCAAAUAUCAAUGUUGUCUGUAGAUUACAGGAGUUUACAGCAGCAAUUACAAAAAGUUGAGGGAGAGUGCCGACAGGAAGUGGAUAAGGUUAAAGCUCUAACAAUUCAGUUGGAAGAUGAGGUACAAAAACGCAAUGGAUUGCAGGCAGAGAUGUCAGCUCAACUGACUGACUUAAACCUAACCAGGAAUCGGGAAAGACAACAGACCAAAGAAGUUCUAGAACUGAGGGAAUAUGUGAAAAAUUUGCAGGAAGAACUGAAAGAAACUAAAAUUUCCAAGAGUUCUAAUGAAUUCCAUAUGAAGGAUCUACAAGACCAACUAGAGGCUGAACAGUACUUCUCAACUUUGUACAAAACACAGGUAAAAGAAAACAAAGAAGAAUUAGAAGAAAAAGAACGAGUUGUUCAAGAACUUCAAGAAGAAAGGGAUGGCCUGUUGCAUCAGUUGGAGUUAGCCAAUGCUCGGGCUGAAUCUGAAGCACUGGCUCGCAGAAUUGCUGAGGAAACUAUCUCUGAUUUAGAGAAGGAGAAGAUGAUGAAAGACAUAGAAAUCAAAGAAUUGAUAAGUAGACAUCGCAUCGAUCUUUCCAACAAAGAUGUUGUUAUUUCAUCUAUAAAAGACAAAGAGGCUGACAUUAAAAAAAAUCUGGAACAAAUCUCAAAAGAAAAAGAUGAACUUAAUGACAAAUUGAAGAGUACAUUUGAAGAGUUGAAAAACACACUUAACCAAUCUCAAGGUACAGAUGGCAAGCUUGAUCAACUUCAGAAACAGCUUAAUACAGAGAAGAUGCUGAAACAACAGGCUGUCAACAAGCUAGCUGAGAUAGUGAAUAGAAAAGACUUCUCAGGUAAAAUGAAGAACAAGGCUAACGCAGCAGAUCUUCGUCGCAAAGAGAAAGAAUGUCGGAAACUUCAACAAGAACUAACACUUGAAAGAGAUAAAUACAACCAGAUGGUGACCAGAUUCCAAAAGGAAUUGGCAGAAAUUCAAACAACCCUUGUAGAAGAAACUCAGAUUAAGAACAAGCUUCAGAUGGAAUUAGACUCUAAGGAUUCAGAAAUAGAACAACUUCAACAGAAACUGUCAUUGUUUUGUAGUGAAACAGCAAGUAUUAACAGUGGUCCCGAUAAUGAGACAGAUGAUGGAAUUACUGAAGGCUGGUUGUCAAUACCAAGUAAACAGAACAUCCGUAGGCAUGGAUGGAAGAAACAGUUUGUUGUUGUUAGUAGUCGGAAAAUUCUCUUCUACAACAGUGAGGCAGACAAAGCUAAUUCUGACCCAACUGUUGUAUUAGAUCUUAGUAAACUGUUUCACGUACGUUCUGUUACUCAAGGUGAUGUAAUACGUGCUGAUGCCAAAGAUAUUCCUCGUAUAUUUCAGUUGUUAUAUGCUGGGGAAGGAGAAAGCAGAAAGCAAGGAGACACCAGCCUUCUUCCAGAAGUUCAAUUACCCAAAGAUCUAAUGCAGCCAGGAACAUUCGACCACAAAGGCCAUGAGUUUGUGUCUAUCAGCUUCCAUAUGCCAACAACAUGUGAAGUGUGCCCACGGCCAUUGUGGCAUAUGUUCAAACCCCCACCUGCACUAGAGUGUAGACGGUGUCGAGUAAAAGUUCAUAAAGAUCACCUGGACAAAAAGGAAGAAGUUAUAGCACCAUGUAAGGUAAACUAUGAUCCGAAUUCAGCUAAAGAAAUGUUAUUGUUAGCAAGCACUGUGUUGGAACAACAGCUGUGGGUUUCUCGUUUACGUAAAAAGAUAGAAAAGUGUGGAUAUGCAGCCAACCAGGAAACUCGAGCAUCUCCAAGGUCAUCAAUGAGGUCGACAAACAAAUACCAACCCCAGAAGUCCUCUACCUUACCUCCUUUUGGAUAUUCAGCAUCAAUGAGAAAGUGAAAUUAAUACAAACUUAAGAAUGAAAACACUUCAUAGUGUCUUUCUUGUGCAUUUUAUGUAAAACAAAACAUACUGUGAUCAGCCAGAUUACUAGGUGAAGUGUGCCAUAGUUGUUUGGCAGAUUGAAUCUUUAAGAAGAAUCUUACUGAUCAGCCAGGUUGCUAGAUCAUUAUGUUGAAGAUAGCAUUAAUUGUUUAUAUUUUAAGAACAGUCGGGUACAAUUUUCUGUUUUAUUUUAAUUGCUAUGCAAAAAGAGUAUUAUUUGAUGCCAUACUUCAGUAAUGUAAUGACAGUUGCUGCUGGCACAUAAUUCUGAGGUUUUAAGUGACUUUAAAUAACUAUUCAUUGCUAUUAUAACAGUCUUGUACAGUAAUGCAUUAAUAACAGUUUCAUAUGUUUUAAGAGAUUAUUUUAUGAGGUAUUUAAGACUGCCUUAAAAUAAGUAAAUGUUCAGAAGAUAAAACAGUGAUUCACAUAAUGUCAUUAUCUUGGCAUAUUUCAGUUCCUGCUGCAUUAGGCUUUGUCAAAGUUGUAUGGUAUGUUGCUAUAGUAACUAGGCACUCAGAACUUGAUUAUUUAGGAUGUAUUUUUUCAGUAACUGCACAUUAAUACCUAAGAUUAUCCUGUCUUUCAAAACUAAUUGAGUUAGGUUUGUAGAUUCUUAUCAACUCUUAGGCACAUCUACUAAGUUCAUUAUGUACUUAUAGAACAUGUACAGGUGUUCCUCAAAACUCGGAUAAGAGGCUGAUAAUAAAAGUACAUAAUAGUAAAUUCUUAGAUGUUAAUAUAUCACAUACAUCUUAAAAUUAGAAGAAUUUGUUAUUUUUGCCCUUAGUCCACAAAUUUGAAACCACCAUCUUUUCAAAUAUUUAAAAACAUAGUUUGUUGCCAAGCGUGAGACGGGUCUGCCCGGGUUUGGGACAAGCUUAAGAUUUAUUUUUAUCUUUCAAACAGAAACAGCUGUUUGCAUCAUUGCAAAC